UAUUUGCUGCCUGGCUUGGUAGUAAUAUUACCGCAACGUCUAACUUGUGAAUGCAUAUUACACCUUGGCGCAACAGAGGGAGGUGUCAUGAUCACUUGGAGAGUUACUGCCGAGCUCUGGUAGUAAACUAUUAAAAAAGAAAGUAAACGCGAGCUGCAAGUUUUGCUUUAGCAAACAGAGUCAGUCGAGAUGAUAAACUAGAGAGAUGCCGUGCUCCAGGAGCAUUUCUCCAUUAGACCUGGAGCUCAGAUCACCAGAGACUGCACCGGGACUGUGGAGGACAGACACCUUUAGGAGCGGCUUGUUGAAAAAACUCGACGAGUGCGGUUUUGAUUGCAAUAAAAAGCAAAUUAUGUUCGAGAUAAUUGGAAGUCUCUGCCAGCGCAGAGACUGUCCCCAUUCCCCCUUUAUACUGCCAUGGCGUAAUCUUUUGUAAAAUGGACACGAUUGUGACAUUAGUAGGAAUGAAGGCCUUGCAAGUCGGGGUUGGUGGUAUAUUUUAACUAGUGUGUGUGUGUGUGUGUGUGUGUGUACAUGAUUAUAAUUUAAAGUAAGGUAGUAGAAUGUUUACCUUUUGUUCAUAUUCUUACCUUGAUAUUUUCGAUUAUUGCCAAGUUUGUUUGUUUUUUUACAUGAUAUUAUGACCCAAACGAAUAAAAAAUGCUAUUUAUGUUUCGUGCAGUUUUUUAUGUUGGAGUUAAAGGGACGAUUUUCUUUCUCUGGACUGCUUAUUUUAUGUUAAACCAGUAAAAAGCUGAAUUCCUCAUUAAAUAAGAUCAUUUUUAAAGCCUAAAGACGUGAAAAUCAACUCUAAGCUUUGUUUGGAUGGCUGAUGGACACAGAACUGAAAGCAGCCGCUUGGUUUCUUUCUUCUGCCUGCAGAGAAAACCCAAAGUGUGUCUUCUCUGAUCAAUGCACGUGAAAAAGUUUUCCUCUGCGCGGAACAACUCCGCUUCAUCACCUUCCUCAUCGCCUGCGUCGCUCCUCGGGUGAAUCAAGCUCCUCUGCUUCUCGGAGGGCGCAGGCUAAGUUUUCCUGGCGUCCUAUCUUGAAGGAUCUCCGUACUGCUCUAACUAGGCACUUGACCUCCCUCGGCGCGCUCCUACGAGUCCCCGAGUGACGCAAAAAAGUGGGCUGGCGAAGCGCUAAGAGCAGUAGUUUAGGGCUAUCGGUGCACACCGAAACAUCACUACUUAAGCUGGCUUGAUUUAGAAAGCCCACAGGUAGAGCUGUCUCUCUCUCUCUUUCAGAGUCGGAUGUGAUAUCAGUUUUGGCGCAGACAGCGGCAUGUGUGCGGAUGUAUCUCACAGCAAGUCUUCUCCCAACCUGUAGCAAACUCCGGUCUGGAAGUUGUGCGCUUGAUGAAACUUUUUUCUUCCUCUUUUCUGAAUGAGCGUCUCACCGCUGGCUGCCACAUCUGGACUCAGGCUGCCGGAGCUGUCAGGUCCACUUUUCCCCGGAACUUAAACUGACCCAAAUACACUUUUUUUUAUUCCUUUUUAAUUCUUUUUUCUUUCUUUUUUUUUUUUUUUUUUUUUUUUUGUUCUUCAUAAUCUCUAAACUUGGGGUCGCCGCAUUGGAAUUAGUUUCAAUGAACACCUCCUCCGUAAAAAUUUAAAAUCUCUAUUUAUUUAUUAAUAUUUUUAAAUACGACACGCAAGAAUGGAACGCUUAGUCCUGAGACUGACACAUGUCUUGGUUGUUUUCGGUCUUUUGGAUAAAAGGGUGGAUUCCAAUGAAAUCCUGGGCCUGAAGCUCCCCAACAUUGAACCCAUCCUGAACGCCAACACAGUGUGUUUAACACUGCCGGGGUUGACGCGGCGCCAGCUGGAAGUGUGCAUGCGUAACCCAGAUGUGACGGCGUCAGCAAUCCAGGGAAUUCAGAUUGCCAUCCACGAGUGCCAGUAUCAGUUCAGGGGGCAUCGCUGGAACUGCUCCAGCCUUGAGACGAGAAACAAAAUUCCCUACGACAGCAUAGUGUUUAAAAGAGGUUUUAGAGAGAGUGCCUUUGCGUACGCCAUUGCAGCAGCUGGUGUGGUGCACGCAGUGGCCAAUGCCUGCUCCAUGGGCAAGCUGAAAGCAUGCGGUUGUGACGAGAAGCGGCGCGGGGAUGAGGAGGCCUUUCGCAUCAAGCUUAACCGCUUGCAGCUGGAGGCGAUCCACAGAGGGAAGGGAAUGGUCCAUGGUGUGAUGGAACACUUCCCUGCCGACAUGCCGGGACUGUCCCAGGACUCCUGGGAGUGGGGUGGCUGCAGCCCCGAUGUGGAAUUUGGAGAAAAGUUCUCACGGGACUUCCUGGAUGCUCGCGAAACCUACAGAGACAUCCAUGCUCGAAUGAGGUUACAUAAUAAUAAAGUUGGGAGGCAGGUCGUGCUUGACAACAUGAAGCGGAAGUGUAAGUGCCAUGGGACAUCAGGGAGCUGCCAGCUGAAGACUUGCUGGCAGGUCACUCCAGAAUUCCGAGUCGUGGGCUCGAUUUUGAAAGAGCGCUUCCAUGUGGCCACACUUAUCAAGGCUCACAACAGGAACACCGGACAGCUGGACCACUCUCAAAACAAUAACCACAAUCAUCACAACCAUCAUCAUCAGCACAGCCACUACAACCACAACCACCACACACAUCGGCGGAGGCCGAGCGUCAACGAACUGGUGUAUUUUGAAAAAUCGCCUGACUUUUGCGAGCGGGAUCUGGGCUCGGACUCGGCAGGUACGCAGGGUCGGAUAUGCAACAAAACCAGCCCCGGCAUGGACAAUUGUGAAAGUCUGUGCUGUGGGAGGGGCCACAAUAUUCUCCAGCAAACACGGAGCGAACGUUGCAACUGCAAGUUUCACUGGUGCUGCUACGUGGUCUGUGAAGAGUGCAGGAUAACAGAGUGGGUCAGUGUAUGCAAAUGAAGAAAAACACCCAAAUCUAUAAAAAGAAAAGAGAAAAACAGACUGAUUUGAUCCAAACUCUUACUUUAAAAGGGGGAAAGACUGUAAAAUAAAUGCCCCGAUCGUUUUAUUUUGCAGUUGACUGCAGAGAAGUUGUGCAAGGAUGGAACGUGAAGCAGUCAAACUUGCAAAAGAAAAGAAAAGAAACUACUUCUUGAUUGUUGGUAGUAAGUGUUCACAUGCAGGAUACAUCUAAAGGUGGCACAAGUCAGGGAGAAAGAAUGCAUACUGCUUCAUUCUUAAAAUAAAAGGUUUACAACUUUAAUGAAUCAGACUGCAAAGCAGAAAUAACAAAAUAUACAAUAAGAUCUUUUUGACACAUAAAAGUCAGAUUUGUUAGUUACUCACUCAAAAGUUUUUCCUGAACACCCGUCUCUGACUUCCAGUGUAGAGUGCAUUUUAGUUUGUGCUCUACAUAAACACACAAACUUAGAUGUUCCCACAAGAGUCCACCUAAAGCAACAACGUGUUUGAGCACUCACACAUUUUGUGCCUUGCUGAAGGACAACUAGGACAAUCUAUUUAUAGCAACUGUCAUGUUGCACAUACAAGACAGCAGGUUAAGCUGAUGCAAAUGUUCCAUAAUAAUGUAAUAAAGUGUGACACUGCUUUCAAAUUGUGACAUCCUCUUAAUAACAGAAAUGCUCAGUUUGGAAGUAAAAGCUGCCACGCUGAAAUCUAUUCAGUCAAAAGUCUGAUCAGAACAGUUGCUGCUGUUUCCUUACAUUGGAAAUCGAUGUGGAAAAACGAUUAAAAGCAACUUUUUAAAACGUUACAUCUGUGCACCAGAGCAGCCAUCUUGUGGAUCCACUUGAGUAUGAAAAAUCACAAAGACAAGAAGUUUGUGUCACUGUUUCUACACAUGCACGCAACAAAAGGAAAGAUAUGUGAACCUGCGUUCAUUCAUCCAAAACGUGCCACGUGUGGUCUGUGUGAUGUGUUCCGUGGUGAGUGUCAUUGUGCACGGUGGAUUCAACGAGCACUCUUCAUCUUCAACAUGAUCUGAAUAGCACUGUAAAUACAAAUGAGUAAUGAUGCACAAAUGCCAUCAAUAACGUUUAAGAGCCUCAGGAAACUGAGCGCACAUGAAUGAGCUCCAGUUGCACACUAUAAACAUCCGUAUAUGACAUCAAUCAAAGUGUUUCCUGUUUUGUGAUGCAUGUCCUGUGUGCAACACUGUAAGCUCCUUGUUAUAUAUCCACUUACCGUCUUUCCACAUCACCAACAGCCAAAACCUGGUGUCAACUUCCAACUAUAUAAGUAAUACUGCUUAUGUACUUUUAUGGGACCUUAUGUUGUCUCAAGAUACUUGUAUGAGUAAAGCUUCUUAUCAGAUGGUGUAAUUUAUUUUGAGCAAAUGCUUCUGUGUUGAAAACAGAAAAAAAUAUUCUGAGAUUAUGUCUCAAAUGCAACAGAUUGUGUUUUCUUUAUUCUGAUGAGUAGUUUGCACAUACUAAUCUGUGUCCAGGAAAACUCUGGGAAGUUAUCUUCAACAUGCAUUUUUUUAAGUGUUAAUUGUAAUGUGUGUUUGUGUGUAUUUUUGUGUUUUAUUGUGGAUAUUAUCUAAGUUAUUUUUUAUUUUUGUGGAUAACUUAAUAUUUGUAAAACAAUAAAUACAGAUGUGUUCAUGAAAAUAGCUUUUGUGUGAUCAUGCCAACAUUGCACUUGGUGCAUACUUUUUUAAAGACCAAAUUCACUCUGAAAUGGUCUCUGGUUUAAAUGAUUGCCUUGUGAGUCAAUCACUGCGGGGAUACAAGCUCUGGCGCAACUGUUUGAGGAACUAGAAGUGAGCCAGAGCAGAAGUGAACAGAAAACAGCAGGUUUUGGAGUCUUAUUUCCGGAUAUUUGCACGUUGCCUCUGACUGGCAAACAGCAACGUGACUCUACCACUAACUUUCUUUUGCUUUGCAACGUUGUUUUAUCUCCACAAAUAACACCAACCUGAAGAAGUUCUGCCAUGUUGUGGAAUUGCUAAUGCUAACGUUUAGCUUCUCCUAGUCGAGAUGUGCUCUGAUCUCUCCUGGACUCUAAAUAAGAACAGCCUUCUUCAUCACAAGUCAAGAUGGUUGAAACCAUGAAUGCUAUUUAGACAAUGUGACAUGCAAUAGUCACUGUCUUUGCUUAUCAGAUAAUGUUCUUGUCUGUUUUCUAUUGGUGGCUAAUAAGAAAAUAGGGAUAGACGAUUUUCACAUUUAGCCUGGAUGUUAAACUCACACUGAUCAAUCAUAUUUCAAAAAGAACAAGUAACAAACGGUUUCUCAUUUAAUUUGGCCACUAAGUAUUGCACCAGUAACUUUAAAAUCAUUUCUUUUGCAAGAUCCUCAAGGUGCAAUGAGUCCACUCGGAACAUUUUAAUCUUAAGUCUUGAGAACCUUAAACGAUAUUAACAGACGUCAACAUUAUUAAAGGGGAACAAGGUAGUUUUGGCUUGCUUUUAGCACCCCCUAGUGUCUGUUUGUAGAACCAUAAGCAAAACCUAUCGCUACACUAUGCGUUCGUCUUCAACACCUUAAUCUAACAGCUGAAAUGUCUCCCCAGCCUUCCUUAAUGUCUACAGGAGUGAUUCAUUACUAAAUUCAACAAAUCAGCUGUUCAUGAUCUAAAACAGUGUUUCUCAACCCUGGUCCUCAGUGACCCCUGUCCUGCAUGUUUUCCAUGUCUCUGCUACAGCAUACCUGGUUCACAUAUUUGCAUUGCCUCCUUAGGAGGACAUCAAGUGUCAUGUUGGGAAUAUGUUUAACCCAGGACAUGAAAGAAUCACAAGCGGAGACGAGGGUGAGUAAAUUACAAAUAAUAUUUAUUUAAGAACGAAUAGUUAACAUAAAGCGCUGCUCCAAACGAGAACAGGAGGGACCAAGAUCUAGAACGAAAGAAGACUGGGAUUAAAAUCACAAAAAACAAACCCUGGAACCAGAGAACCAGAACAGGAAUGGUUUGGAGAGUUUCUCUUACUGGGAACGUUCAAAUCUUUGUUGAGGUUGGGCUGGGUAGUUGAAGCCAAGAGGGGACAGACAGGACACAGAGGAUGAGGAUCCAGGCUGAGAUGAGUGAACAGGUUGUGUGGCAGAUAGUGAGGCAGGUAUUGCUGCAGAUCCGGAGGAUGUUGGUAGGCAGACUGGGAAACGGGUAGGAUGACAGGUGAGCGGCGGAGAGCAAGGAGAGCGAGGAGACCAAGGGACAGUGAGCGACAUGAUGUAGAAUAACAACUCCAGGCAGUGGUGAGUAAUCCCAAGAUGCGAGUAUCAACCGGCACUGGAGUUGUGUCACACUGCUCCUUAAGUAUCCCUGGUCCUCUGAUCAGGGAGAUCAGGAGCAGCUGGCUCUCCGACACGCCCACCUGAAACACAAAAAACUGGAACAACUGCUGUGCAUUACGUGAGAUGAUUUGUGAGCAGGGCAGAUUGUGACAUCAAGUGCUGCAGAAGCCUGUUAAUCGCUCAUUCAUUUAAGUCAGGUGUGUGGCAACAGAGAACAAUGCUGUUGGACACGGCAACAUAGAAAGCAUGCGGGACGGGGGCGCUGAGGACCAGGGUUGAGAAACACUGAGCAGGAACCAUGCUGGAACAAGACUGCAGUGCCUGGUAUGUCAGCUCAGUGAUCCGGUCCAGUUUCUUUCACCUGAGACGCCUUGCAAAUAUCAAGCCUAUGCUGUCGAGAGCCCACCUGGAGCGGGUACUGCAUGCCUUUGUUAUUUCUAGGCUUGAUUACUGCAACUCUCUUUAUUCAGGGUUGUGUCAGUCAUCACUGCGUCGCCUACAGGUUGUGCAGAACAGCGCAGCAAGGUUCCUGACUGGGACCAAGAAACGGGACCACAUCAGUCCGGUUCUGGCCUCCCUGCACUGGCUUCCGGUUUGCUAUCGUGCACAAUUCAAAAUCCUCGUCUUUGUUUAUCAUUUCUUCCAGGGUGGUGCUCCCCCCUAUCUGGCCACUCUCCUGAACAGACAUUCCCCAUCACGCGCUCUGCGCUCCUCUGACCAAGGCCUGCUCGCUGUCCCUCGUUCUAGGUGUCGUACUCGCGGGGACCGGGCUUUCUCAGUCCUAGCACCGUCACUUUGGAACCAGUUGCCACCCUCAGUUAGGCUGUCCCCAUCUCUGCCAGCCUUUAAGAGUCGCCUAA